AUUCAUAUUUAUAGACUACGAUUGUUGUCUUUACAAAGGAAUUUUUGUAGCCUAAAUCACAACAAAUGGAGUUACCAACUUUACUCUGCUUAGUCCUGUCAUUGAUCCUCAUUUCUUACCCAUCUAAAACUUCAGCCCAGUUUCAAUUCCUCCACAGCAAAUGUGGAAACAUAACUUACACCCCAAACAGCACUUACCAAUCAAACCUCAAAACAGUCCUCAAUUCUCUAUCCUCCAAUACUCAUAUCACCCAUGGCUACUACAACUUCACCGCAGGCCAAAACCUAGAUAAAGUCGAAGCCAUGGUUCUCUGCAGGGGUGAUGUCCCAGAAAAUACUUGCCAGCUUUGUAUCCGUAACUCGGUUGCUACCCUCCUGGUGCUAUGUCCUAAUGAAAAACAGGCAUUUGGAUAUACUGAAAAUUGCAUAAUAUUUUUUUCAAAUAACUCCACUUUUCAUACAGUUAGAGAUAGGCCAGUUUGGGCUCUAUGGAAUAAUGAGAACGUUUCUAAUAUCACGGGGAUAAAUAAUACGCUUACUUCCUUGAUGGGUACCUUGCAAAAUCAGGCUUCAUUAGGCAAUUCUGAGCUGAAAUAUGCUGCUGGAAAAAGUGAUCUUACUAGUACUAGUACAAAUCAAACACUGUAUGGGCUAGUUCAGUGUACUCCAGAUUUGUCUAGACAUGAUUGUGUUAAGUGUGUCCAAAACUUAACCUUUAGCAUGUUCCCUAAAUACUUUGUUACGCCUACGUUUAUUGCUGCAGGAGCCAGAGUGAUUGCGCCUAGCUGCAAUCUUCGAUACGAAAUGUACUCUUUUUAUGGUAGUGUAUCUGAUGUAGCUCUACUACCACCACCAGUACCAGCAUCAAACAGAAGUGCUACUCCACAAGUUGAAAUAAACCAGAAGUCUCAUAGAAGUCAUAGCACCAUUGCUAUUGUCAUCCCGAUUAUCGGAUCACUAGUACUCAUAAUAAGCAUAGCUUCAAUCUGCAUCUUAUUAAGGAGGAAGAAACAUAAAAAGUCUGCAACAAACCUAAACAAAGAAGAAACUGAAAAUUUCAACUCCUUACAAUAUAGUUUUGAUGCUAUCAAGGUUGCAACAAACGAUUUUUCCAAUGACAAUUAUCUUGGAGAAGGUGCAUUUGGCGCUGUAUAUAAGGGUAAGCUACGUGACGAGCAAGAAAUAGCGGUGAAGAGACUGGAAAGGAAUUCAGUUCAUGGUGAUGUACAGUUCAAAAAUGAAAUUUUAAUAUUAACCAAGCUUCAACACAGGAAUCUGGUAAGACUUCUAGGAUUCUGCUUUGAAAAAGAAGAAAUGUUGCUGAUUUAUGAGUUUGUGAUCAACAAAAGCCUAGACAGCUUCUUAUUUGAUCCUAUACAAAGUUCAUCUAUGCCAUGGGAAACACGUUACAGAGUCAUUAAUGGCAUUGCUAGAGGACUUCUUUACCUUCAUGAGGAUUCUAGACUGCGGAUUGUACAUCGUGACCUCAAAGCUGGUAAUGUUCUGCUAGACACAGAUUUUAAUCCAAAGAUUGCAGAUUUUGGCAUGGCAAAGCUGUUUAACAUUGACCAGACUCAAGCAGUGGCAAGCAGAAUGGUUGGAACCUUUGGGUACAUGGCACCCGAAUAUGUUCUCCAUGGUCAUGUGUCAAGAAAAUCUGAUGUUUUUAGCUUUGGCAUACUUAUCCUAGAGAUUGUAAGCGGUCAAAGGAUUAGCUCUUUUAAGAUAAUUGGAGAAAAGCCCGAAAACUUGCUUACUUUUGCAUGGAAUAAGUGGCUAGAAGGCAAGGCUUGGAAUAUUGUUGAUCCUACAUUACCUUCUGCAUUUAGCACAGAGAUAUUGAGAUGCAUACACAUUGGUUUGCUGUGUGUCCAGCACAACAUGGCAGACAGACCUACAAUGUCUUCGGUUGAACUGAUGCUAAGUAGCUCUUCUCUCUCUCUCCAAGUACCUUCACAACCAGCAUUUUUCACACGAAGCCAUACACCAUCAAAUGCGACAUCUCAAGGGAAUACCUCAAAUCAAUCUAGUAGUAGAUAGCCGGCAUAUUAGUUAUUAGGUUACUAUGACACAAGUCUA